CGAAAAUAUGAAGAAAAUUUUACUUCUUUACCUGAUUCUAAAGAAAAUAUUAUUGAUGUCAAUAAUAUUACUGAUGUAAUUUAUAAGGCUCUUGCAAAUGUAGAAGAUAUCAAUGAAAACUUAGAAAGUAGUUGUGAAUUCUAUUUUGAGCAAGCGAUCAAUCUGGAUAUGUUAAUUAAUGAGAUUCUAGCAGAUACUGAAGAAAAUAAAUAUGAAUAUUAUCUUGCAAGUAAGAUUGUUAAUUAUAUUGAGAAAGAAGACGAACAGGUUAAACAAUAUGUACGUGAGAAUUUAGUGCUUAGAGCAUCAGAAUUACACCGUGAAAUUAUAUCAAAAAAACUUGAUGGAUUUGAAACUUUAACAAUUGAUCAA